GCCUGAGGGAGCGCGGCCGCCAUUUUGUGCUCCUCGCUCGGUCCGGGCGGGCGCUGCGGCUCUGAGGGAGCGCUCGGCUCGCCUGUUCUGUAGCUCGGGGCCGCCGCCGCAGCCAUGGGCCGUAAGAAGAAGAAGCAGCUGAAGCCUUGGUGCUGGUAUUGUAAUAGGGAUUUUGAUGAUGAAAAAAUCCUUAUACAGCAUCAAAAAGCAAAGCACUUUAAAUGCCAUAUAUGUCAUAAGAAACUGUAUACAGGACCUGGUUUAGCUAUACACUGCAUGCAGGUACAUAAGGAAACAAUAGAUGCUGUUCCAAAUGCUAUUCCCGGAAGAACAGACAUUGAACUGGAAAUCUAUGGGAUGGAGGGCAUUCCAGAGAAAGACAUGGAGGAACGGAGGAGGUUACUUGAACAAAAAACUCAGGAGAGCCAGAAAAAGAAACAACAGGAUGAUUCUGAUGAGUAUGAAGAUGAUGAAUCUGCGGCUUCAACUUCAUUUCAACCCCAGCAAGUUCAGCCACAGCAGGGGUACAUUCCCCCAAUGGCACAGCCAGGUCUGCCUCCUGUGCCAGGUGCUCCAGGGAUGCCUCCAGGUAUUCCACCAUUAAUGGCAGGUGUUCCACCUAUGAUGCCUGGAAUGCCUCCAGUUAUGCCUGGAAUGCCACCCGGAUUACAUCAACAGAGAAAAUACAUGCAGUCAUUUUGUGGUGGAAACAUGAUGAUGCCAAUGGGUGGAAUGAUGCCUCCUGGGCCAGGAAUACCACCUCUUAUGCCUGGUAUGCCACCAGGUAGGUCAGGGUUGUCGAACUCGUACUAUGGAAUGCCUCCCCCCGUGGGGCCCCGGCCUGGCAUGCCCCCCAUGACCCAAGCACAGCCUGUCACAGCCCCGGGCAUCCUUAACCGGCCUCCAGCUCCUGCUGCAACAGCGCCUACCCCGCAGCCUCCAGUUACCAAACCACUCUUCCCAAGUGCGGGGCAGAUGGGGACACCUGUCACAAGCUCAAGUGCAGCUUCCUCCAAUUCAGAAAGUCUGUCAGCAUCUUCUAACGCUCUGUUUCCUAGCACAGCACAAGCUGCAGCAGCUGUGCCAGGGCCAGUUGGUACUGAUUUCAAACCUUUGAAUUCUACACCUGCAACAACAACGGAGCCCCCCAAACCUACAUUCCCUGCUUACACACAGUCCACAGCCUCAACCACUAGCACCACCAACAGCACUGCAGCUAAACCAGCCACAUCUAUAACAAGUAAGCCUGCUACCCUCACCACAACCAGUGCAACCAGUAAGUUGAUCCAUCCAGAUGAGGAUAUAUCACUGGAAGAGAGAAGGGCUCAGCUGCCCAAGUACCAGCGCAAUCUUCCUCGGCCAGGCCAGGCUGCCCUGGGUAAUCCACCAGUUGGACCAAUUGGAGGUAUGAUGCCACCACAGCCAGGAAUUCCUCCCCAGCAACAAGGAAUGAGACCUCCCAUGCCACCUCACGGUCAGUAUGGUGCUCAUCACCAGGGCAUGCCAGGAUACCUUCCUGGGGCCAUGCCUCCAUACGGGCAGGGACCUCCGAUGGUGCCCCCGUACCAGAGUGGACCUCCUCGACCUCCCAUGGGAAUGAGACCCCCCGUAAUGUCGCAAGGCGGCCGCUACUGACGCUCCUACUCACGCUCUAAUAGGUUUGGAGAUUAAACCUUUUCUCAUCUUGUGCUGUUAAUAUAGCAGAGCUUCCGUCAAUUAAGGCUUCAUUGUGACUUUAAAAAUAUAAGUACCUUCCCACAUGCAAGGAGCUAUUGGACAUUCUUAUUUUACAUGGGAAAAAAUUAUUUGGAAUAAUAACAGGAACUUUUCCUGAUGUUGCAAUUUAUACUGUAUGGCUUCUUUUUCAUGUUUCAUCUAGGUUUUUAGAAGUGAAGUAUAGUAAAUAUGGUUCGUUAAAUUGUGAAGGCGCUGGAAUUACAUGAACAUACCACCUUAAAGGCAAGUUCUGUGAUGUUACGUUGCUCUUUGUGAAAUGAUGCCUUCACAGCACUUCAAGUGCUGUUGGACUUCACGUCCCCAACAUAGUUUGGUGAGGGCUGUAACUGUUCCCAACUACUUGUACAUUAAAGUCUGAACUUGUAACAAUAUUUAAUGUAUUUAGAGUUCCUCCUGUUUCAGGGUUUAAGUAAACUGACCCACUAAGGUCAUGUGACUUUUCUGUACUGUUAUAAACUUCAUUGUAAUAAAAGAGGAGAAAAAUUUA